AUGACACAAGACAAGGGAAAGACCAUGGUGAGUCUUAAGACUGGCAUAUAUCUAUUCGGCUUCAUGAUAUGUGUCUUUUUCACCAGUGUAUGUAUUGUGAUGACAUCAUGGGUGGUUGUGAAGAUGCAAGAACAGCAAAAUGAAAAUAUGCAGUACCGUAGUAUGGUGGAUGAAUUACUGGUGCGGGUCGUGAAACUUGAAGAAACUGUACUGGGAUUAUCUGGUGGGCGUGGUAUCAGUCGACAAGAUCAUUUGCUAACCGUUGACAAGGAAAAUGUCGUUGGUCAAAACGAACUAAUCAACGUAAAAUUUAAUAACUCGUUGUACAGUAACCACGGCUUACCUGCGAUGAAAUCAAACAACAACAGCAUCAAUGAAAAUUCUUCAUAUGCAGAAAUUAAUAUUCAAGAUGGGCCAGGUACUCUGUAUAUUCGAUGGGGUCGUAAAACUUGCCCUGCAAGGGCUGAGCUGGUGUAUAACGUGUGUUUGGUUAAUUCUCGCAGCAGAGUUCUGAUGGUUCCAGCUCGCAAUGAAUGCCCUUCAGAAGAAUGGACCAGAGAAUACCAUGGUUAUCUGAUGACACAAAGACACAGCUUCGAUCGAUCCGAAUUUAUCUGCGUUGAUCGUUAUCCCGAAGCCCGGCCAGGGAGUGUUGAUAAUCAUAAUGGAGCUUUGUUAUACCCAGUUGAAGCCAGGUGUGGAUCUCUACCUCGUGGUCCAUAUAUUGAAGGAUAUGAAAUUACAUGUGCUGUGUGCACGAUAUAA